AUGCCAUCCAUGUUAAAGAGCUAUCUUGGGUUCACCGACCCUGCCGGUGUCAAAGGUCCUAACGCAAACUCUCCAUCAAGAGCUCUUCCUGCCAAUUGGUACACCUCUCAAGAGAUGUACGAGCUGGAACGGCGAGCGAUCUUCUCCAGGAAAUGGCUGUUGACCACACACACAUUACGACUUGCUAAAACCGGUGAUUAUUUGAAGUAUAACAUUGCCGGCUUCCCUUUUAUUAUCGUCCGUGAUCGCGAAGGCAACAUCAAUGCAUUCCAUAAUGUUUGCCGUCAUCGAGCCUUCCCAGUCGUCGCCGAUGAUGCCGAUAGUGGUACUGCUCGGAUCUUCUCUUGCAAAUAUCACGGCUGGUCCUAUGGUUUGAAUGGCAAACUCGCCAAGGCACCCGGCUACCAAGAUCUGGAUGGAUUCGACAAAUCGCAGAAUGGACUAUUCACCAUCCAUACCCAUGUUGAUGGUAAUGGGUUCAUUUGGGUCAAUCUGGACAGUGCUGAGAAACCGGAAAUCUCUUGGGAAGAGGACUUUGAUGGUAUUGAUUUGCAGCCACGAUUCAAGGAAUUUGACUUCAAUGACUACCACUUUGACCAUACCUGGGAGAUGGAAGGAGACUAUAACUGGAAGAUCCUAGCCGAUAACUAUAACGAGUGCUAUCAUUGUCAGACUGCUCAUCCUGAUGUUCCAUCUGUGGCUGAUCUUGACACCUACGAUGUGGAUACCAAGGAUGGGAGCAUAAUCCAUAAUCCUGGGACAACUCCAGAGCAAAUUGCGAAGGGCAUGACAAUUGCCAGCACUUAUUACUUUCCUAAUGCCUCGAUGACUGUCUCACCCAACUUUUUCUUUAUGCAGCGCUUUAUCCCCACAUCUCCGAUCAGCUGUGUUAUGCGCUACGAGGUGUUCCGCAAGAACAAUUCCAACGACGAGGAUUUCGAGUUGGUGAAUCAGAUGUUUAAGAGAAUCAUGGCGGAAGACAAGGCGCUCUGCACACAAGCUCAGAAGAACUUGAAUACCGGCGUCUUCGUCAAUGGCGAGUUACACCCACAGAUGGAGAAGGGCCCACUGUACUUUCAAAGUGUGGUGAGGGACAUCGUAACAGAUUUCCAUAAACGCGAAGAAGGAAAUGGGCGCGAAAUUUGGCCUUCCCGCCAGGCUCUCCCUGAGACUGCUGCAGUUAGUCAGGACGAUAUGGACUUCUGCACAAAUUUGACCAUCCAGAAAAAGGGAUCUGAUUGCUCCACUCAAGCAAGUGGGUGCUGUGGGGGAGGGUGCCAGGCGGCUGGGAAUGAUGCCCUUGCCUAUUGA